AGCCAUGACCAGGAUGGAGAGGACGGUCUUUUGCCCACACGAGAAAACGACCCCCCUCCCACUAUAAAGGUUAUGUGGCAAAUAAAUGCCGAAACUAAGGUAUGUGGUAAACACAGGCUUAGAGUAUUUUAUACGUUUUGUUCGAUGAGAAUCUUCAUCAGCUAACGAUAGUGUUUGUGCAUUUUAAAGAAUGUAUGUACUUUUUUUUUUAAGCACAAAGGCUUCAUAAUUCAUUAGGGUAACGUUAACUGGCUGCUAUUAUCUCAUAGAACAAMACGUAUACGAUCUCCUAAACCUGUGUUAACCYCAGACCUUAUUUUUCGACGUUUUAUUCCAAAACCCCUAUUUUCCUAUUCAUUUUAACCAUAGGGAUGGCUGAACGAAUGAGAGGGAAUUUAUUUCCGGGUUUUAGGAMUACAAGCUGAAAGUGAACGGUAAUGGCGUUUCCAUGGUAUUCGAAGAAAAGCCUGCAAAGCAAAGACAGCCUUUGGCUACAGCUAGCUAAUGAGCUAGAAGACGGUGGCUGCUCAAUACUUCGUCCAACCCGUAAAAAAAAGGUUUAGCUCACACUACUCUGCGGUAACUAGUUAGUUACACCGCGCUUUGGAUCUUGACCAGAAGAACAGGGGGACAGCAGGGAGAAUGGGAGGGGCUAGAUUGGGAAGAUCAUGAUGAAGCUGAAAACCUGCCUUGUAUUCUCGUCUCAGUGACUCCAGUCCCAUCUGUUCAGUUUGGUUACCAGCAGAUUUAGGAUUGAAGGGCUCUCUGCCUAGAUGACAAGCACACAGCCUACGUCCCUGAACACUGGUGAAAUUGCACAGGAACUAAGAAGAUGGAAAGACCUGAGUUUUUUUUUUGACAGAACAUGAAAUUUGACUGUAAUUAGGAGUUGAAURAAUGUUUAUAAUACUGAAUGAAGGAGAUUUAAAGGCAUCUAAACAUCAGUGAAUUGUGGAAAUCAAAGUAAAGGUGGUGACCAGGCUCAUGKUUGGGGAGGCAGGUAGCCUGAAGGGCCACCGGAGGGUCGACGGACUGAAAUCCAGAGCCCUCUAUAUGUGGUUAAUUUUCAGGAUGAGAGAAUUGAGUGAAAAUGAAGCGUUGCUUGUUAAACAAGUGGAUUCAGGGAUCAUGUGUAGCCGGAGCUGGGCCUGGCUUAAACUGGAGGCCACUUUGGAGAGCUGAUCUGAUUGGUUAAAAUACCAUUGACUGGAGAAGAGAAGAAACAAAAAUCAUCAUUGGUCUGUCUGUAAACACAGCCCGGAGACGGAGGGAGCUAGAGGCUGUGAAUGUGUGAAGCUCAUCCCAGCUGUGUGCAGGUGUCCCUGGGCUAUGUAGCCAGACUUACACCUUGACAUGCUCCAGACCAGCAACUACUCGCUGGUCCUGAUGGUCCAGCUGGGUCUGCUGACCUAUGACCUGUUUGUCAACUCCUUCAGCGAGCUGCUCAGGGCAGCGCCCGUCAUCCAGCUAGUGCUGUUCAUUAUCCAGGAUAUAGCCAUCCUGUUCAACGUGAUCAUCAUUCUGCUGAUGAUGUUUAACACGUACGUGUUCCAGGUCGGUCUGGUCGCCCUGCUACUGGAGAGGUUUAAAGGCUUACUGAUGCUGUGUGCCAUCUACCUCACCCUCAGCAUCUCCUUUCACUGCUGGGUAGUGAACCUGAGAUGGCUGGAAUCCAAUCGUUUCAUCUGGACGAAUGGCCUGCGUGUCCUCUUCGUUUUCCAGAGGGUUGCUGCAGUGUUGUAUUACUACGUCUACAAACGGACAGCAGAGUGUCUGGGCGACCCGCGGCUGUAUCAGGAUUCUGUCUGGCUGAGGGAUGCCUUCGCCAGAGCUCGUCAGUGAGAAKGAGGAAAUGGAAGGAACAAUUACACCCCCCAAAAGGAUUUAUUACCAGGCGAGGCCUGCCAGGCUCUGUGGUGACUCACUGUUUGGGUGAGCCAUGUUCAUUAGGCAUGAAACAGGGAGGAACUCCCUGGCCUUGUCCAAUAAGAAAUAACCAUUUGUUUUCCCGCAUCAAAACGGUUUUCCCCACUGAAAAUGACUCGGGGCUAGGAUGGAGCUAACGGAAAAGUGAGAAACUGCACUGGGUUUGUACAGCAGUGAUGGAUCAUCAAGUACAUGUACCACACUACACAAAUAUGGACUGAUGUUGUAACAAGAAGUAGACAAGACACUAAAGGACAAUCUGAGGCAGACUUUCCUUCCUGUUUUUAAAACAGUACAUUUAUAAUGACRGCUAUUCAUUUAGUGUUUUUACUUAAAUGGGAUACCAAAGCAUCCCAAACUGCACCCUAUUCCCUAAUAUAGUGCACUAAAUGGGGAAUAGAAUGCAAUUUGGGAUCCACACCUGGUUCUGGAACAGUGUAUAUAUAGGAGUUGUUACUGGUUCCCGUCUCAGGUGAGAGAGGAAGUCCUGGGGCUCGAUUCAAUCCUGAAGGUCUGUGUUGUAGCGUGGUUGAAAUAUCAAGGUAAUUUCCUGUUGAGACGACGUAUGCAACGUUUACCGUGAAGGAAGUCUCUGCUAUAUAAUGCUGAUCUUCUGCGUUACAGAUUGAAUGGAGCUUCUUGGUUCAGUUUGUCUUGUACAUAAGAUGUGCCGUUUACAAAAUGUAUGGAUAUUCGUUGUUGUUUUUUAAACCGUAAAGUUCAAAUUGUCAAUACACCUUUUUUUCCUAAUUUUAUUAAAUUCAUUUUCUACAUGGA